AUGAAGUACACACUCCAAUCUUUGGCUCUUGCCUCGGUCGCAUCUGCCCGCGUCCUCAACACCAGACAGUCGUCAUGCUGCUUUGGUAUUAACGUCUCUGGCGACGGUGUCCAGGGCGGUUCUCUUGGACAGGUACGUUGCUUUUGUGCAGACAUGAAAGAAGACUUGCCGCUAACCUCAAUCNAGCUCUCGGAUGGCCAGAACCGCUUUGGUCCUAACCAAUCUGGUGCUACCUUCUGUAUCGACAGUGGAAAGAUCACCGACAAGAACGGCAGAGGAUGCAUCGUUACCAGCCCCGAGAUGCAGUUUCAGUGCGACCAGAAUGCAAGCCCCACUGAAGGCUUCUCCGUUGCUUCCUCCGGUCAGGUCCAGCACGACGGUGAUUCCACUUUCUACGCUUGCCCUGUUGACGACAACGGCAACUACAACAUCUACACCAAGCCUCUCGACAACAUGCCCAAGUGUGUCAAGGUUGGCUUGAGCAGUGCUGAUGGAACCUGUGCUGCCCCCUCAUCGGCUCCUGCCUCUUCCGCUCCUUCAGCCACUACUGCAGUUUCUGUCUCUGUCUCGGUCCCUGCUCCCUCAGUGUUGACUUCGGUUUCCACUGAGCAGUGCCAGCCCUCUACCGUCGUAAAGACAGUCACCGAGACCAACCAGGUCCCCACAACCAUCGUUCAGACCCAAUACCAGACCCAGGAGCACACCGAAACUAAGCAGAUUCCCACCACUAUCUACCUGACAAACACUCAAUACAGCACUAUCAACGAGACAAAGACUGUACCAACCACUGUUUACCAAACCAAGACCCAAGAGGAGACCACCACUGUCCUCAAAACCGAGGAAAUCACCUCCGUCCGCACCGAGGAGCAGACCGAGACAGCCACAGCUCCCCCGGUCACCGAAGAGGUCACUCAGAAGACCACCAUUGAGCAGCCAACCACAAUUGAGCAGCCUACGACUAUUCAGACUACUGUCCAGCAGCCCCCAGUCACUGAGACCAGGUCUGUUCAGCAACCUCCCGUCACCCAGUCUGUCACUGAGNCAGGUCACCACCUCCAUCGCCAAGCCCACCACUGUUUCCCAGGCACCCUCCUCUUCCGCCCAGCAGCCUUCCGCUACUCCUUCCAGCUCUGGAAAGUGCCCCGUGAUCUUCCCGGCAUGGACUCUUACCUCAAGCCUCGCCUGAUCGUCCCCGUCAACAGCAACAGCCCCGACAAGGCCUACGGCACUCAGUACAACGCCUACGUCGGCAACGGAAACAGCACCAUCUUCACCUUCGACGUUCCUCAGAGCUACGAGGGCAAGCAGUGCGAGGUCGUCUUCACCUUCCCCACUCAGUCCCAGCUUGAGACCUCUUUCGUCUCUGAGUCCGGUAACGGCGGCAUCGACUUCAAGCAGCUGAAGAACGCUGCUGAUGAGAAGACCACCGCCAACAACUCUCCAGCUGUCUUGAAAGAUUUCGGUGAGAAGGGUGUUUCUACUGGCAACGCCUACCCGAUCACCACUGGCGACUGCCAAGUUGGCCAGUCUAUCUCUUACGAGCUUACCGCCACUGGCGACUACCAGGCUAGCUGGUUCCAGGUUAGUAACCAAUGCUCGAUUCUUAUACAUGACAACAAUACUGAUCAUUCACAGGACUGGAACCCUUGCCCCAUCGGCCUCUGGGUUGUUGCCAACUAA